CAAUGCCGGUAACAUAAGAUAACGUUUCAGAAAAAAAUCCAAACAAAAUAGCGCUGUCAGAGUGUAAACACUUUUGCAAAUUAAAUUACUGUCAUAGCGACUCAAGUUGUUUACAAAUCUUUGAGUUCUUUAAGUUACAUAUGAAUUCAUACAAAUAUCUGUUAAAUGAUGACGAGCUGUGAAUCGAUAGAAAUCCCCAGUGAUAAUCCGAAUAGUUAUUGCCGUCUGUGUUUUUCGGAUCGAAAUCUGGUGUCGCUUUCUGCUAAUGAUGCGGAUUCGGAAAAGUUUCUGUUGGAACAAAUUUCGCAGUGCACUGGAAUCGAAAUAAACCCAACUGCCGAUCUACCCUGCUCAAUUUGCUGGAGAUGUGCUGUAGCGCUAGAAGAUUUCCAUUUCUUCAGGCAAAGAAGCUUAAAACACGAUGCCAUUGUACGUGGAGUACAUGUACCAACAUCCAACAGUAUCGAAGAAGAUAGUCAUAUAAUAUCCAUCAAACAAGAAGAGGAAACCACGUGUGUGCCUACGUCACCUCAGGAAGACAGAUUAUUGAGCUCUGACCAUAUAGAUAAUGACUUAUUAAUGGUUCAGAAACCACUACAUGAAGACACGGAAGCCACAGCAUCUGAUAUGAAUGAUGAAAACAAUGCUGAGUUAUUAAUACCAGUGAAAACUUUCACCUGUCAUAUUUGUCAAACCAAAUUCAGCGGUCAACAGUCGCUGAGUGUCCAUUUCAAAGAACAACAUUCCGAUCGUGGGCGGCCUUUUAAGUGUUCCUAUUGUCCUGCCACAUUCAAGCGAAAACAUCAUGCGGAAAAUCACAUGUCAUCCCACACUGGUGAGAUGAGAUAUUCUUGCAAGGACUGUGGUGCCAAAUAUGCAAAAUCUAAGUCACUGAUACGCCAUCGUCAACAAUUUCAUCAUUCCGUUCCGGUAGAACAAACAGUUAAGAUUCCAAAAAUUAUCGGUCAAUUCCAGUGCGCGUAUUGCCCAAAAUCGUUCAAACACAGGCCUUCAUUAAAUUUCCACGUAAAAUCGCAUUAUGACAUAUUACCACAUGUAUGCGAAAUAUGUGAUGCACGAUUCGGAAAUGAAAAAGGAUUACGGGUGCAUAAAGGCAAGUACCAUUCGAUCGAAACUUUCAGUGUGCUUUCUGCCUCGCCGAACGAAGUUCACGAAUGUAUGCAUUGUCCUCGAACCUUUGACGAGCAGAGAUACCUUACACAACAUAUCAGAUUCAUGCAUCAAUCAUCCUGGCCAGAGUAUCACGAUGAGCAAGUAUUUACAGAAGAACCGAGCAUGGAAACGCAAAGUUUUGAUGAGCCUGAUCAAACAAUUGAUGAGUUUCAACCAGCCACGAUUAAAACCGAGGUUGAGGAUAAUGAGCUGUUGGACGGAUUUGGAAUGUAGUAUUCAUAAAUCUCACAGAAAU